GCUCCAACCCCUCCCAUCUGAGAGAGCUGGACCUGAGAUACAAUCAUCCAGGAGACUCAGGAGAGAAGCUUCUGUCUGCUGGACUGGAGGAUCCACACUGGAGACUGGACACUCUCAGCCUGCAGCCUGCUGGAGUCCGAUGGUUGACACCAGGUCUGAGGAAGUAUGCCUGUGAACUGGAACUGGAUCCAAACACAAUGAACAGAAAACUCAAACUGUCUGAUAACAACAAGAAGGUGACACAUGUGAUGGAGGAGGUUCAGUCAUAUCCUGAUGAUCCAGACAGAUUUGAUCACUUUCCUCAGCUGCUGUGUAGAAAUGAUGUGACUGGUCGAUGUUACUGGGAGGUCGAGUGGAGAGGAAGAGGAGUUGAUAUAUCAGUGAGUUACAGAGGAAUCAACAGGAAAGCAGACAGUGCUGACUGUUUGUUUGGAUGUAAUGAUCAGUCCUGGAGUCUGAGGUGCUAUGUUGAUGAAGGUUACUCUGUCAUUCACAGUAACAGAGUGAAUUACAAAUGGAGUGAUGAUCAUGAAUGGGAUGAUAUUGCUAUGUGGGCCGACUCCCCCUCCUCCUCCUAUGUCUCUAAGAGAGUAGCAGUGUAUGUGGACUGUGCUGCUGGCACUCUGUCCUUCUACAGAGUCUCCUCUGACACACUGAUCCACCUCCACACCUUCAACACCACAUUCACUGAACCUCUGUAUGCUGGGUUUGGGGUCUACUGGCCUGAUUCCUCAGUCUCUCUGUGUCCUCUGUAGGAGGAUGUUUACUUUAUGAUGGUAAUUAUCUAUCAUACAUGGCAGAGCAACAACGUGUUCUGCUUGAUCAUAAUUAUUAUUUUCAUGUUUAAUGAAUGAAGCUGAUGUCAUAUCAAUGCCAGAACAAUGCAUCCUGUGUUCUGUGUUACUAUAUUAUAUUAUGCAUUUUAUAAUCAGGAUCAAAUGACUUGAAUGAAGAUUAUGAUGAAAACAUUUGAGGUAAAAAGCUGGAAAUGAGAUUCUCACAGGUAGCUGGGAUGAAUCUGAUUGGCUUUAAUCGAGGGUUGAUGUCAGAUCCAUUCAUUAAAAGUUUCUUUAAAACUCAGUAAAACAUAAACGUUACUUAGCUUCCUUCAUUAAAUUCAUCAUUCACCAUCUUUCAUUCAUGCUGUUAUAUUGAAUAACAAUCUGUUGAAUUCAUAUUGUAAUGCAAGUUCAGCAUCACAUUUAUUUGUAUUUUCUUGGUUAAUAAAAUCCUUAAAUGAACUUAA